AUGUCAGCAAAUCAGUUCAAAGGUCCCUAUGACCCUUCUAUCAUGGCUGAGUCCUAUGCACAGUGGGAACAGUCGCUUGAAAUCGAAAUCCAACGGACUUUUGAUACUGUCAACCGCGAUGUCUUGGAUGGUUAUAUGGCUAGAGAUCUUGCCAGGCUCAAAGACCCCCAGGUGGAUCCGGAUUUCCUUUGUACAUGGACUGGCAUCCUCUGGGAUAGGACCACAUUGUCAAGGACUGCAAUUGAAGUUCAACGAGCACCUACCGGUUUCAAUUUCCUGAUCAAUACCUGCUUAAAGUACAACCUGAUCGAAGUCAUGAUUUUGAUUACGUCGAGAUAUGGCACAUUUAGGCUCGGCAUGAAGAACGGACAUGCUCUGGCCAGUUAUUGUGGACUCGCAGUGCUGGACGACCUCUUGCACGUAGGGACAGAUGUAGAAAGAAAAUCAAUUGCCGAGGAAAUGAUGAAUCACAACAUUGUAGACCUCUGCUUCAAGAACAUAGAUAGCUGGCUCUGCGCGCACCGCAGACUUGCUGCUUGUAUCAUUCGCUCUUUGGCUGGUCUAGUUGGGGACAGGAUUCCUGUGGAUAUGGUGGCGGAUAUCAUUGCGAAGCUCUGUGUUUUUGUGCUCCAAGGACCCCGAAUUUUUGUCGAACAGUUUUAUGCUCCGGAGACAAAGUGGCAGGGUGGAAUAAUUGUUUUAAGAGGGCAAAAUGCUUCCGAAGCAGAGGUGGCUAAAUGUGCUCUGCGAUACUCAGGACUGGCUCAUGACGAUGCUCUCUGGGCUGCUCAAGGUCUUCUUUGUACCUACCCCAUACUGCCCACCAAGUUUCGCCUUGAAAUUCUCAAGAAAAGACCGCAAAUUAUCGAUUUGUUGUUUGAUUGCGCGAUCACGCCUCGACCAGCAUGGUACCCUGAGCGGCAAAGUGACGCGGUUGCAUGUGAAAUCCUUGCACUUCUAUUCCAAUGGCCCCCUUACGUAGUACCCGGUGUGUCUUCGCCGUUGGACGGCUCAUCGAGAACCCAGGAGUGGAAAGCUUUGUCUCAAGCCCUAAAGAUUUUCACUGAAAGACAAGAUUGGAGUGGGAAGCUAAUUGAAGUCUGGAUGAGCGUCGAAGAAGAGGAUUGGCGCCAUGUCGAGUCGUUGUUCAACAACGUCAAAAAUUAUGGAGCAAAAACUCUCCUUGGGAAAAGGACGUUUCAACUUGCAUUCGAAUUACGAGGCAUCAAACGGAUCACAGUCCUGCGGUUGAUUACUACAUUGACUCAUGCGGCAGACUCAUGCGGAAUUACCAACGCAGAGUUGGAGUCUCUCCUUCGUGUGGCCUACGUUGCAUCGCAGAAAAUAAAAGAAGCAGAUCCGGAAAACGAAGAAGACCAUCUCAUGUAUGCGGAGCGAACACAGGAUAUGUUCGCACUGCAAGUUGGCGACUCACAUGCAGCUCCCCAGGUAGAUUCCCCCUUGCAGAUCGCAGAGGAAGUUGUCAUGGGUCCUACAGCCCUCGCGCGAUUGUUGGCCGUGCUCGCUCAACGGGGUGUUCUCGACUCAAUCCAAGCUCUCAAGAAGGCACCGAAUGGUCUCUCAACUGCAACCUCCUUAGAUCAAGUACAAAUGAUUACACAUCCCGACAUCAUACGGAAAUUCCUGCUAAUCGCUUUCCGGCGUGUGGAGUCUCGUACAGAGUCUGGACGGAAGGCUACUCAAUCAAACCCAUGUUACGCUCGGAUGCACUUCGUGUCCUCUGCAGAGCUUGCGGCCUCCUUAGUCUCGUUUGACAGGUAUACGCGCGGAGAGUAUGCUGAAGAGGUCAAGGGUGUUCGAAAGCAGCUCGUCGUGGCCCUUGGGAAUGCAUCAGAGAUGGCUAUCCGCACUGGACAAAGUCAGAUCGCCUUGAGCCUUGCACUCGGUGCGAUAACAAGCGCAGAAAAUAUCCCCGAGUCAGAAGGUCUCGAUGAAGCAGUAACCGCCAAGAACAUACGACGAGCUGAUCAAGCGAGAGCGGCACUUCGCCAAGGGUAGUUCUCCUCGCAGCUCUUCAAUAUUUUCCGCUUGAUUACAUGUGCUCUUCGUUAUCAAAGUGUUCAGACUUAAUUACUAGGGAUCGGCGGUGCCAAUUUCCACCUUGCUUGUUCGACUAGGGUUCGGCGUUGCCGACUUUCGCCUUGCUCCGUUGCAUGUGGUGUUAUUUCCUUCUCAAUGCUUUCGAUUCGGCAGAUAAACCAUAGGCGAAGGUGCGUUCUA